CCAGAGAAGAAAAAUCAGAUCCAGUCUUUCGCUUGCUCGGUCGAUCCCAUUCGUUUGGCUCACUCGAUUCUGUCCAUCUAUACAACUACAUUUUUAGAUACAACUAAUCUAUAAUACCACCCUUCGUUGGUCAAAAUGCGUUUCUCUGCCCUCCUCGUCACUCUCGGCCUCACCGGUGCCCUGGCCACGCCCACUCUGGUCUCUCGUCAGGCCGGUGCCGUCGGUGUCAUCUCCGACAUCCAGGCCCAGACCUCUGCUCUGGCCUCCGCCGUGUCCUCCUACAACGGUGGUGACCCCUCCGCCGUCAAGUCCGCUUCUGAGAAGCUCGUCAGCACCAUCAACUCCGGUGUCGACACCGUCAAGAGCGGCUCUGCCCUCAGCACCGCCGAUGCUCUGGCUCUGACCUCCCCCGUCCAGGACCUGACCAAGCAGGUCGAGGACGUCGUCAGCGACCUCAUCUCCAAGAAGGACCAGUUCGUCGCCGCCAACGCCGGUGGCACCGUCUACCAGGACCUCCAGGCCCAGUACACCGCCGCCGACAACCUGGCCAAGGCCAUCUCUGCCAAGGUCCCCGAGGCCCUCGCCGACAUCGCCGCUCAGCUCUCUGCUGGCAUCACCACCGCCAUCCAGAAGGGUCUCGACGCCUACAAGGACGCCGCCAGCUCCACCGGCACUGCUUCCUCCUCUUCUGCCCCUGCCACUGAGACCGAGACCGCCACCGAGACCUCCACUGCCACCGGCACCGUCACCAAGACGGCCACUUCCACCCCCGUCAUCCCCACCGGUACCGCCUCCGGCAGCGCCUCCGCUACCCCUCCACCAGCGCUACCCCCACCAAGGGCGGCUCCGGCUCCAGCACUGGCUCUGCCACCGCCUCCACCAGCACCAACCUCCUCGCCACUGGCGCCGCCAGCAAGGAGCACUUCAGCUACUCUCUCGGCGGUGCCGUCGUCGCUGCCGCCAUCGCCGUCGCUUUCUAAGCGCCCCCGUUUCUGACUUUGACUGUUGACGCUUCAGUCAAACACAAGUCGGACGGCGGACGGCGGAGAGCAACGCAAUGAUGCGAUGGGAACGUUGAUGAUGAUCAUUCACGAGGCAAGACCAGAGUUCCAACGAUCGGUUCAUGAGAGCGUUACGCGAGGACAAUGGCAAUGACACCAUCGGGCUUGUCGGCUUUCCAUCCGAUCUUUGUACUUGUUAGUCCACCGUCGGGUCCGGGUCACUGGCUUGGAUCCGUCUGUACGCAAUAUAGUUUUAAUAAUUGAUAUCUCUGUAUACAUGUC